AUGUCAGCUCAGGAUGUCAACAAAGCGGUGCAAAUCGCGCUUGACGCGAGUGCUGAUCCAGCUAUAAAGGAACAGGCAACGUCUUUUCUAAACUCGCUAAAGGAUACUGCAGGAGGAUGCACGCUCUGCUUGGAAGUAUUCAGCAGUGGUCAGACAUCAGACGCCUCUACGCGUCUUGUCGUGCUGCAGCUGCUCGUGGAGGCAGUACGCUCUGGAACGGUGCUGUCUGUGUUUCCUGACUUUUUGAAAGUGCUCCAGGAGAAGCUUUGGGCGUAUAUUCUCGCGAGACAGUUCGUCGGCGAGCCUCCCUACAUAAACAAUACUCUUCAGCAUCUUCUGUCGCUUUUGCUCGUUCGGACAUACCCACAACAGUGGCCGGACUUCUUCAGCGGCUUUCACACGCUCAUUGACGGCGUUGGCACCGGCGCAGGCGACGCAGUUGUUGAGUUUUACGCCAAGACAUUGCUUGCUAUCGGUGAGGAGAUUGGCGACGUGCUGACUCCUCAUACUUCUGAGGAAAUGCAACGCAUUGCGGAUGUCAAGGACGCUAUACGGUCGAACGAUGUUUCCAACAUCAUCUCUCAUGUUUAUAAUACCAUGCUUCGAAGCAGUGAAGCGAACAAAAACAAUCUUGUCGAACUGUGUCUGCAAGUGAUCGCAAAUUGGGUCUCGUGGAUCGACAUCAAUUUUGUUGUGAAUGAACCAUUUUUGAAUGCUCUGUAUUCCUUCCUUCAGUCCAACGAUUUGCGCAACACGACAUGCCGGACCCUGGUGGAGAUUGUUUACAAAAAAAUGAAACCGCCCGAGAAGCUUAAUAUCCUAAAUCUUCUAAACCUCAAUUACUUCAUAUCUCAACUGCGUCAACAAAGCGAGGCUGACCCUGCGUUCGACGAGGAGUUGGCCAGGCUUGUUAAUGCCCAAGGCGUGGAACUUGUAAACAUCUGCUUGAAUGCUAGCUCGGCGGGUUUGGGGGCUGAUGCAGUUGAGUCGGCUUCGGCUCUGCUCUCCCAGACUUUGGGCCAUUUGAUUUACUAUUUAUCUAACGAAUACGAUGAGACUUCAGAGGCGGUGUUUCCGUUCCUCACAGACGUACUUACCAUGUUGCGUAAGGAAGCUUCCGGCGCAAAAACCAUGGACAGCACACGCCAAGAGCUGUUGGUGUCGAUUCUGAACGCCGUAGUGAAGAAGAUGAAAUACGAUGAUUCGGAAGAGUGGGACGACGAUGCUGAGAGUGAGGAAGAAGCCGAGUUCCUCGAACUUCGCAAAAAGCUUAAAACAUUCCAGGACGCCAUUGGCGCUAUCGAUAGCAAACUGUACAAUGAAUACAUGUACGACGCCAUUAGCACUAGCGUUACCAAUGCGGCGUCUAUGUCUGCAGGCCGGUCCUGGCAACUCAUGGAGUUUGCGUUGUUCGAGCUUUACAUUUUUGGAGAGGGCGUCAAGGGCUCCGCCGCAUUCAUUACUGCCGACAAGCAGCCCACAAACCUUUCUCGUUUGCUGGCGUUAGUGAUUGGCGCCAAUGUCUGCUCGGCGUGCCCGCAUCCUCUUGUCCAAAUGCUAUACAUGGAUAUCUUGGUGCGGUAUGCUGGUUUCUUCGAAUACGAGCCCAAACUUGUGUACCCUGCGGUCGAGUUUUUCUUGAGCGAUAUGGGUAUUCACAGCACAAACACCAGAGUCUGCGUACGCGCUUGGUAUCUGUACUACAAGUUUCUGAAGUCGGUCCCAAGACACAUCCCCGAGUUCGCUGCUGUGGCUUUAAAGAUGCAAAGCGACUUGCUCACUGUCUCCGACAACAACAUCAAUCCAGCUGACUUCCCUCAAAGUAGCAUUGAAACGCUUGUCCGGCAAUGCUCCUUUAAUUCUCGUCUCUACCUAUUUGAAGCUGCCGGUAUUCUUGUCUCGGGAUCCAGUCAAGCACUCUCAGACGCAGACAAGUCAGCGUUCUGCGACUCGUUAAUCAGUACAUUACAGAACCAACUGACGCAGGGAUUGAGCAGUGGCCUGGAUUCGUUCGAUAAUCUUGUACGUGUUUACUGCUCCAUUCUGGCUAUUGGUAAUCUUGCAAAAGGGUUCCCACCUUUCUCUGAUCGGAGUGGACCUUGGGUUUCUUGUUUCAAUACAGCCGCCGAGGUCUUGUUUCAGGCGCUGCAGGCUUGCAGUACUGUUGUUGAUAUACGUACGGCUACUCGUUUUUCGUUUGCCAGAAUCGUUUCCGUUUUGGGUCCAAGCAUGUUACCCAAGAUUCCACAACUGGUAGAUUUGUUGCUCAGUUCCAUCACAACAGACGAGCUAACAGAUUUGCUGUCAUUCCUCGGUCAGCUGUCACACUUGUACAAGGCUGAGCUGGUUUCGGUGAUCAACAGUCUGCUGGGUACGCUCUUAACACGCAUAUUCGCCAGUCUUGCGCAACAACCACAAGGAACCGAUGAUGCUAUUAAACAGAAUGACUUGCGGAAAUCGUAUGUUGCCUUUCUGGUGAUGCUCGUUAACCGUGGCUUCUCCCAAGUGUUCUUUACCGAACAAAACCAGCAGUAUUUUGAUGGAGUUUUACAAAGUGUUUUACACUUUGCCAAUAGUAUUGGCGAUCCUUCCAUUCAGAAAAGCUCAAUUGCUCUACUAAGCAAGAUGGUUGUUAUGUGGGGCGGUGAUGGUGGAAUUGGUGGUUUUGAAACGUUUAUGUAUUCUUCAUUAUUGCCAUUGUGUUUUGAAAUGCCGUUUAAUCAGUCCUUCAAUGUUAGUGAUGGUAUGUCACACGUGGUAUUGGGCGAGCUUGCCUUGUUACAAAAAUCAAUCCUUCAGGUGAAGGGCCCAAGUUUUGUGGAGUAUUUGACAUCCGUUUAUUUUCCUUCAGUCAACUUUCCUCAAGCUCUUGUAGGAGAGUAUGCGGAAUCGUUAACGACACUAGCCGAUCGGGCUUUCAAGCAAUAUUUUCAAAAGUUUAUCCAGUCCAUGAAAAACUAA